AUGCCCCGAGAACAGUCCGAAGAAGCGCAAUGGUGGUUCGAGGCCGUCUACUCCGCUGUGCAACAGAUCCCGCAUGGCCAAUGUACGAGCUACGGUCAUAUUGCGCUUCUCUUAGGCUUUCCCAGGCGCGCUCGCCAGGUGGGAGUCUGUUUGAAGCAUCUCCCCUCUUUUGACCCUUCCGACCCGGAUAAAUUCUAUUUCCACGAUCAGAAUGUUCCCUGGCAGCGAGUGGUGAAUUCUAAGGGCGGCAUCAGUCCGCGUGGAGAUGACGGAGUUGCCGCCAACCGACAAGCUGAGAGACUGAGAGCAGAGGGAGUCGAACCGCUCGGGAUCGUCCGCUCAUUGUCGGCAUCCACGGAGGCACAUACAGUUCCGGAUACUUUGAUGCCCUUCCAGAAAAUUCGGCAGGAACAAUAUCGGAGAGUGUGGGGAUUGCAUUUGUGGCGAUUGACCGGCCAGGAUACUGCGACAGUUCAAGUCUGCCUGACGUACCAGCGGGAUCAACAUUUUUGCAAGAGGAAAGGCCAAUACCUGCACCGGUAUAUCCUCCCCAAGCUCUGGGAGGAAUUUGGGAAGUCGUCGAAAGCCGCCACCAUGAUUAUUCUCGCUCAUUCACUAGGUUCGGCGAGCGCCAUUGUGGCGGUGGCUUUGCAUUCCCAGGAGACCGAACAUCAGUAUCCCUGCGGCGGUCUGAUUUUGUCCGGGUGGGGGACAGUGACGACACUUCCUAAAGAACUAGUCGAGGAAAUGCUCACAGCACAUCGACAUGUUGGGCGCCUGAACCUUCCAAUGGACGGAAAAGACAUCUCGAUGUUUGGUGAGGAGGGAUUGGGACUGGCGAGUACGAGAAUACGUGGUCUCAGCAAGGAGAUGGACCAGUCGAUGUCAUGUGGGGAGAUCGAAGACGGAAACCUCCAUUGGCGAGGAUAUUGGGAAAGUUAUGCGAAGAAAGUGAAGGUUCCUCUGAUGUAUGGCAUGGGGGAGAAGGAUGGGUUAUGGGAAGCAAACCAGAAGACCAUCAACGACUUUACAGCGGCUUUCUCAAAUUCACCUCGAGCGGAAAGUGGUUUGGUUCUGGGCGCUCCCCAUUGUUUGGAAUUGAGUCAUUGGGGACCCGGGUGGCUUUGGAGGUGCCUUGGGUUUGCCGUGGAAUGUGCAACGAGCACGGGAACGGAGGGCCCCAGGCCAAUCUGA